UAUCCUUUGAGCCUCAUUCAAGGCACGAAUUAAAGUAAAAAUGGCAAGGAAUUGUUGCUGCAUUUCUUUCUCUACUACCCCCUGUGCUGCAGCAAUUCCCCCUGUCAAUUCCAUCCGUUUUCGAGCUCGAAAUCGUUUCUUUACUCAGGAUGCAUCAUCCCAAUCACUCAGAACCAUCGGAAUUGAAUUUGUUUCGUCAAGUUUCAGAACCAAGUGCAAGGCUACAGAAUCUGAAGUUGAAACCGGACCAUCGUCGACCUCUUCUGAAGUUGAACGUUUAGGCACUGGGCUCGACGUAGAAUGCAUGAUUAACUCUCAAGAAGAAUUGUCGAAGAAUCCCAUCAAGUUAAACGAGGAAUCUGUAUUAUCUACAUCGUAUGUGCUGGAAUUUUUGGGGUCAGCAUGGGAAUGGGCACUUUUGAUAUCGCCUUUCUUCUUUUGGGGCACGUCCAUGGUGGCAAUGAAGGAAGUUAUUCCCAAAACAGGGCCCUUUUUCGUGUCUGCAUUCCGGUUAAUCCCGGCCGGUUUGUUGUUGGUUGGUUUCGCGGCUUCCCGAGGCCGGAAAUUUCCUUCCGGGUUCAAUGCUUGGCUCUCUAUCUCAGCGUUUGCUCUCAUCGAUGCUUCUUGUUUUCAGGGUUUUCUCGCUGAAGGAUUGGAGAGGACAACGGCUGGUCUUGGUAGUGUCAUAAUUGAUUCACAGCCUCUGACUGUGGCUGUCUUGGCUUCCUUGUUGUUUGGCGAGUCAAUUGGAUUGAUUGGAGCUGCUGGACUCAUUCUUGGCAUCAUUGGCCUUUUCCUUCUCGAGGUGCCUGCUCUUGCUUUUGACAAAAAUAGCUUUUCACUAUGGGGAAGUGGGGAAUGGUGGAUGCUUCUUGCGGCCCAAAGUAUGGCAAUCGGAACAAUUAUGGUGCGCUGGGUCUCCAGAUACUCAGACCCCGUUACGGCUACUGGAUGGCACAUGGUUAUUGGGGGUCUCCCACUCGUGGCAAUUUCCAUUCUUAAUCACGAUCCUGCUUUCAGUGGGAGAUUUGCAGAACUGACGACAAAUGAUAUUUUGGCGCUCCUUUAUACCUCCAUUUUCGGGAGUGCUAUCAGCUAUGGCGUGUACUUCUACAACGCUACAAGAGGUAGCUUGACACAGCUCAGCUCACUGACCUUUCUCACUCCAAUGUUUGCUUCAAUUUUUGGAUUCCUUUAUCUCGACGAGACCUUCACUCCUGUGCAGUUGGCUGGAGCAUUUGUAACUGUGGCGGCAAUAUACAUGGUUAAUUACAAAACUGGUGCAGAAUGAGAGGCUACUAAUCCCUAGUUCUCACAAGUAGCAAAUAGAACAGCGGGAAGAUGGCCUGGUCGUGGCAGGCAUGUUUGACUUCCUUUGUCUGAGGAUGUAAAUCUAUGGACAUUGUGCAUAUAAUAAUCUCAGGAGAAGAGAAAGGGACAUAGGUUAUUAAAAGUACAGUCUUAAGUCUAGGUGGUUUUAUCCAUCAUAACAUGGUUUAUUACUACUAGAAAUUUAUACGAAGAAGGUAUACUUGAUGUUUGAGGAACAGGUCAAGGAGAUCAAAGAAGACAGUAAAUGUGGUGGAUUUUUAGGCUCUCAACUCGUGUUCCUAUACAGUAUUGACAAUAUUUAACA